AUGGAUAGCUUGGUCGCACCACUUGUUGCUCAGUACCUUUCUAUGAGCUACCAGGCUAAAGAAAAUGAACAAAAUGAACCUGUGGGCUCUAACGCAAAGGAAAGAGAAAAUACACAUGUUACUUCAGGAUGUACUAACAGAACCAAAGUGUUCCCCCACUAUCUAACCCUGGAUCAGAGCCGGCCUCAGCAGGGUCCGGUGAGCCCGAGCAGGGUCAUGACCCCACUGGGUCAGUUCACCAAAGGGGCCAGCUGGGAAGAGCUUAUUCAGGCCUGUGUCCACUCAUUUGAUGCGGAUGGCGGUCUGUGUUGUAGCAGCCAUCUUCUGAACAUCACCUUGACUAUGCAUAGACUGCUCCUGUCCUCCAGUGAGCUGCUGGACCGACUCCUCUCUCUGUUCAAAAGCGCUCUGGAGGAUGGAAACUCCAUAGACUGUCAAAAGAUCUGCUACUUCAUCAGGUAUUGGAUCAGGGAGUUUUGGACCAUGUUCCGCCUGCACAGCAGUUUGGCUGACUCGCUGGAGCAGUUCAGAGAGCUGAUGAGGGAGCGGGGGCAGGAAAGACUGUGUCCCCUUCUGGAGACCAAAUGGAUAGGGGAAAGAGACUGGUCACGGAAAGCCAGUCAGAGGAUUAAAGCCAACAGCAGUAAAAAGAGAAAAGUGUCCCUUCUUUUCGAUCACCUGGAGCCUGUGGAGCUAGCUGAGCAUCUGACCUACCUGGAGUUCAAGUCUUUCAGCAGAAUAUCAUUUGCAGAUUACCAGAACUACAUCCGUAAUGGAUGCAUAAAGGAGAACCCCUUUAUGGAGCGUUCCAUUGCGCUGUGUAAUGGUAUCUCCCAGUGGGUGCAACUGAUGGUGCUCAGCAGACCCACAGCUCAGCUGCGAGCCGAAGUCUUCACCAAAUUCAUCCAUGUCGCUCAGAAUCUCCAUCAGAUGCAUAACUUCAACACACUAAUGGCAGUAGUAGGAGGACUCUGUCACAGCUCCAUCUCCAGACUAAAAGACACAAGCUCAUAUGUACCCAGUGAAGUUACCAAGGUCCUGAACGAAAUGACGGACCUUCUCUCCUCUUCUAGAAACUAUGAAAAUUACAGACAGGCCUACAGCCGUUGCUCUGGUUUCAAGAUUCCCAUCCUGGGGGUCCAUCUCAAAGACCUGAUCACUGUAAACGAGGCUAUGACUGAUUAUGUAGAUGACAGCAAGGUCAACGUUCAGAAGCUCCAAGCUCUCUACCAUCAUAUCAAUGAACUGAUACAGCUGCAGCAGAACCCUCCUCUCCUUGAUGCGAACAAAGAUCUCGUCCACUUGCUUACAUUGUCUCUAGAUCUGUACUACACUGAAGAUGAAAUCUAUGAGCUUUCCUACAACAGGGAACCAAGGAAUCACAGAGCACCUCCAGCUACCCCCUCCAGACCUCCUGUGGUGGUGGACUGGGCAUCAGGCGUGGCUCCCAAGCCGGAUCCCAAGACCAUUAGCAAACAUGUUCAGAGAAUGGUGGAUUCUGUAUUUAAAAACUAUGACCAUGAUGAGAAUGGCUUCAUCUCCCAGGAGGAUUUUGAGAAAAUCGCUGCCAGUUUUCCCUUCUCCUUCUGUGUGAUGGACAAAGAGAAGGAGGGUUUGAUCAGCAGAGAGGAGAUCACAGCGUAUUUCAUGCGCGCGAGCGUCAUCUGCUCCAAGCUCGGCCUGGGGUUCGUCCACAACUUCCAGGAGACCACUUACAUGAAACCGACCUUCUGCGACAACUGCUCAGGAUUCCUGUGGGGAGUAAUAAAGCAAGGCUACAGAUGCAGAGACUGUGGGAUGAACUGUCAUAAGUUAUGUAAGGACCAGGUUGCAUUUGAGUGCAAGAAGAAUGCCAAAAUCACCAGUAAUGUGGACAGUAGUUCAAUGCCGAAUGCUACAGAGGCUGCAGGACACAGAGGCCAUGAAGUAUCUGAGGAAGCACAGUUCACGUACCCAUCUGAGGAACCGACAGAUCCCGGUUCUGAACGGCCAAAGCGUCCGAGUCCCGAAUCUUCGUCCCCUUCUCACCACAAGCCCCACAACGUGCUGACCAGAUUCCUUGGGGUCCACAAAGCGACACAGACAGAGAAUCCACCCUCCACCCCUGAGCCCGUUCGACCCCAGGCCUGCCUGCUUUCUCCUGGGCCUUCCUCCCUGACCCCGUGCCCCAGCCCGGUGCCUGUGCGGAAGCGUGCCUACGCCAAGUGGGAGAACAGGGCAUCCACAGUUCUCACCCCUCCUGAGGAAAGUAAGCCAACGUAUGAGGAUUUGGAAAAGGAGAACAGGUGUUUCCAGAAAAGCAAUGAGACACUUCGUCGGAAACUGAAAGAGGCAGAGCGAGAGGUGGAGAUCCUGAAGACUCUACUGAAGAGGCAAGCUCUUCAUCUUGUCGAGGAAGACUCCUCUUCAUAA